GAAUCAAUCGAGUAAGAUGAUUAUUUUUGUUACAAAUAUUCGAAUCUAUUUCAAAUACAUUUGUUAUAUAUAUUUUACAUGGGCCGUAAAAUCUGCACUAUUAUUAUGAUGGUAAUAUAACUAAUGAUUUGAUGUAUUGUUAAGGUAAUAUAAUUAAUGAAAUUGUUAAACUGAUUGAAAUAUAGAAAUAAAAUUAAUGUAAUUAUAUUAAUGAAAUUACUAAAAAAAAUACUAUACUUUUUUUAUUGUUAUCCAUGUUUCUAAAUAAUUUUUAUUUAUACUGCUAUCCAUGUUUUUAAAUAGUACCAAAAUAUACUUCAGUUUUAAUAAUAUAGAUGUCUAAUUUUCAUAAAUUUUAAAAUUAAUUUUAAAUAACUAGUAGACUUUGAUGAGAGCUUUGAAAGUGAAAAAAAUUUGGUUGAGAAAAUUAUUAUUCAAUGAAAAUUAUAAAGUUGUAACUCAUUUAUAUAUUUUUAGGUUAUAUUUAACUUAUUUUUAAAUUUCUACUAAAAGAUUAUUUAGUUGUAUUAUUAGAUAUUUUAAGUUUUUGGGAUUUAAAUAAAAUUAUGACUGCAUCAUGCAUACUAUUAUUAUUUUUAAUUCAAAUAAUAAAAUUUAGAUGAAAAUAAUAAUCUUUUGAAGUAUAAUUUUUCGUUUUAUUACAUUUGUUUAAGCCUAACUUUUUUGUCUUAAAUUUGUUAAUAUAACGAUAAAACUUUAUUUUAAAAUGUUAAAUGUAUUAAUCUUUAGAAAAUGUGAAGAGUAGCUUUUAAAUUGUAGAUAUCUUCUUACAAUUCUGUUAGGCUCUAUUCGUAUUAUAUUGCGUGAUCAUAGUUUAAAAGAUUAUAAUAUUUUUAUUAAAAUAGUCAUCUAAUAUUAUAUUGUUUUGAAUUAAAAUAUUUACUCAGUUUUGUAUUAAUUUCUGCUGAGAAUGUUAGGGGCAGAGGGAAUUUCCGGUGGAGCGGUGAAAUGCGUUGAGGGAAUGUCUAAUGUUUUUUUACCUGGAGAAUUUACCUAUUUUGAAUAGAUUAAAGAUUGUUUCGAUGUUUUUAUCAGGCAUGGACAAAUUUUAUGGUUUGAAGGCGUGACCGACUAAUGUUAUUUCUACGACUGGAUCCUACUUUGUUCUUGUGUCUGGAACAUUAAGUUUUUUUAAUGGUAAAAUAUUAAGUUUUUUUUUUGGUAAAACAUUAAGUUUGUACUAUUUUUCAAUAAAUGUAAAGUUGAAAAAAAAAACUGGACACAACAUAUGAAGAUUGAAAUACAAGCAACACUCAGACCAAGAAGAGCGACUGGCCAUAUAUAACUCAUUAGUGUCAUCUAUAAGGGAAACACAGCACAUGCAGCUACUAAGCAUAAAAAAGGAUUUACAGCUUUAUUAACAUAGAAAACCAACCAGGUCAUAUUGUGGCAAACGUUUGACACUAAAAGUAAACAACUUAACAAGACCAAAUUCGAUUAUACAUUUAAUCUGCAGAGUCAAACAAAGACCAAGAUCGACUAGAUAGCUAAUCUGCAGUGCAGAAGCUGAGGUCAACAGGGUAAAGCCACAGAUUUUCAAACAUAUACCCGGAGCAACGGCGGAGAAGAGUUAGGCAACAAGACCGGACGAGAUCUAGGAUCGUCGGAGAAAUCGAAGUUUAUGUCACCACUGAAGUCGAGACAGGUCGAACAUACCUAAGCUAUCUUUUUCUUUUUUUUUGGAAAAAAAAGUAAUGUUUUCUGUUUUAAUAUUUAAUGACCAUGUUGUAUAGGUAAUGGUAGAGAGGAAUGGGGUUUGUGUUCUUCUUUUUUCUGGAGUAUGUGUGGAAACUGGAAAGUCAAAAUUAAGUUCUUUUAUCUUUAUUAAAAAAAACCUAACUACUUCUUCUUCUUCUUCGUCUGAGCAUAUCUGGUCAUUUUGUCAAAAAAAAAGAAAAAAAAAAUGUUCAGACGUCUUUCUUUCUUAGUUUUAUUUUGUACGUCUGCAUUAAGCUUCGAACUGUGGCUUUCAGAAAAAAAUGAGAGAAUUGUGUCCCCGAGUUCAAUCUUCGAACUCGGUCUCUUCAAAGAUGGUAUUUGGGAAUCUGGUUCAGACAAUUCCCAGAAAAAGUAGUAUGGACCGGUAAUCGGGGCAGUCCUCUCUACAGUUCCGUAGGAAAACUUCAAAUAAGCAGUUCAGCUGGGAUCCAACUCUUCGACGAGUCUGGCUACAUGACGUGGCAUACAGAUCUCACAAGUCCUGCUUGUGUAGACGACGCGCCGUUGACUGCUUAUCUGUCCGAUAUUGGAAAUCUGACAACAACCCAAAUGGGAUCUUGUGGCAGAGCUUUGAUCACCCAGCAGAUGUUUUACUUCCAGGCAUGAAUCUUGGAAUGGAAUUGUUAAGUUCUGGCACGUUCUACUACGGGGCAGGAGGGUAUCAAUAUUACAUAUGGGAGUCUUCUAGGAAAAUUUAUCGUAUCGACCCCAUAUACUACGGUAGAGAGUCAACCAAUAGUUACACUAUCAGUUUGCCCAGGGCCACAACGACCAGCUACCACGCAACUUUGAAGCUGUUCCAUACUGACUUGUUGAUCUGGUCCGAGUGGACUCGGAGAGAUAGAAAGUGGAAGGAUUUGGUGAUUGCACCAUCUGAUAGUUGCGAUAAAUACACUACAUGUGGAAGUGGAACCAAUGCGUACUGCUCUAUGAACCCGCUCAAGUCUUGUGAAUGUUUCCCAGGGUUUCGGCCUCAAACUGAUUCGGAGAGGAAUCAAGACAGCGGCUACGUUUCACAUGGACAUUGCGUGAGGAAAUCGCCGCUGGCCUGCUCCGAUGCUGAUGGGUUUCAGCUGCUGAAGAAUAUGAAACUGAUAAUUGGACAAUCUCUUACGAGGGAGUGGGUUUGGAGGAAUGUAAGGAGAGGUGUCUCAGGACCUGUAACUGUACGGCGUUUGCAAACACGGACAUGCCGACUGAGGAUACUCGACGUUAUAGCACCAACCGGGGUCAAAAUCUUUACGUCAAACUGGCUGCUCUUGACAUGGGUGGGUACUAAAAUUAAUUUAUUAUGCUCUUAUCUAUGAUUUUGUUUUUAUUUUACUAAAUAAAUACGAAUCUUGUUUUCUUCAGAGAGAAAAAGGAGUAAUCAAAACAAAAAGAAACGGAUCAUCGGAUUUACCGUUGGCGCAAUCGUUUUGCUUCUUCUAAUUGUCGUCGUCACGUUCUGCUGCUGCUGGAAGAGAUACAAUAAUGCAGUUUUGUUAGGUAAACACUACCACUUGCUGUUCAAUUUCGACUUUGAAAGUUGGUCCUGAUCUCUCUUUGUCAAUUGUAGCACCUGCAGAGGUAACGAACCAAAACCUACCUGUGGAGGAGGAGGAACAGGAGGAGGAGGAGGAGGAGGAGGAGGAGGAGGAGGAGGAGUGGCGGACGGAGGUGGAUGGGUAUAGGGUCCUGUGCCCCCUACUCUUUUUUUUUUUUUUUUGCUUAGAUAACUUAGUUUAUCCACUAAACUAAUAAUCUUAUAAUUAUGGAAAAAAUUAAAAGGUGCCUCCAAUCUAAUUUAAUUAUUGUUGUUUUUAGCACUGUCACCCCUACAGAAAAUGUUUCUAGAUCCGCUCCUGAGGAAGAGACGACUGGUAGUUUGACAUCUUUAUUCAUGGAGUUUGACGUCAUCGCCCAAGCCACAAACAAUUUUUCAGAUGAAAUCGGAUCUGGUGGCUUCGCUAAAGUUUACAAGGGGAGGUUACUUGACGGGAAAGACAUAGCGGUGAAACGUCUUUAUAAACUGACAACUCACGCAAUCCAAGGGUUCUGGAACGAAGCGAACCUCAUAGCGGUUCUGCAACAUACGAACCUAGUUCGACUUAUUGAUUUUUUCGAUGACCCCGAUACCAAGAUUCUCGUCUACGAGUACCUGCCAAGAUCUAGCCUCAACACUUACAUUUACAACACAACCCGGAGCGAUGUGCUUGAUUGGAACAAACGUAUGGACAUCGCCAAGGGAAUUGCUCGAGGGCUACUAUAUCUUCACCAAGAUUCUAGGGUUAGGAUCAUUCACCUUGACCUCAAACUUAGCAACGUCUUGCUUUGUGACCAAAUGAUACCUAGGAUCUCGGAUUUUGGAACGGCUAAGCGCCUUGAUGGGGAAGAUACUGAAGUUGUUGCCAGUAGAGCGACUGGAACUUACGGCUAUAUGGCUCCAGAGUACGCGAUAGAUGGCGUGUGCUCCGUUAAAGCUGAUGUGUUCAGCUUUGGAGUGCUGCUUCUUGAAAUGGUCAGCGGAAUAAACGCAAGAGAGUUCUAUUGGAAAAAUGACUAUAAAAGUUUCGUAGGCUUCGUAAGAUUUUUAUUUAUAGCAACCAAAUCCAUAAUUAUUUACUUUUACAAAACAGCGAGAUCUCUUAUCAUCUCAGAUUCUACAGAUGCGGAACCUAUGGCUUCAAGGCAAAGUGCUAGAUAUCGUAGACCCAUAUUUCACAUCAUCAUCAUCAUCAUCAUCUUCGUAUCAACCAGAAGAAGCUCUCAGGUGCAUUCAAAUUGGCCUCUUAUGUGUUCAAGCCCACCGCGAGGACAGGCCCCCCAUGGCUUCUAUUAUAUUGAUGCUUGGGAGUCAAAACGAGUUAAUCAGUCUUCCUAAACCGCCUGCUGAUUUAUUGCUAUUACAAGAUCCACAAGGUGAAUCUUUCACGGCAAGUGUAGCGACGGCGUAGAUUGUCGUGCCCAUACGCAUACAUAUAUAUAUAUAUAUAUUUUUUUUUUCUAUAUACUGUAUAUAGUGAUGAUUUCAUAUUAUUUUCUUUGUAUGCAAUAUAUUUAUUAUAUAAAAUUAUAUACAUUAUAUAUAUAAGUAAUUAGUGUUUUACAGCUGUUUCAUUAAAUAUUUUUAUUUCAUUUUUUUUAGAAAAGCUAACAAACAGAAAUGUGGUAGUUUAGUAUCUCAAAGCUCUUCUUUGAGAAAUCUCAUACGCUUUUAUUUCCUAUUUUUUUUUUAAAUUUUUUUUAAAAAAUGUUAGAUACUACUCACCUAGCACAGUGUCAAAUUGAAAGGUUUUAUCCAUAUGCAAAAUAUUCCUAUCGAUGGUCUGAUGGUCUUCAGUACACCAACUCCUGGUUAUCAACAAAUAUUUAUUGGGAUGUACCUUUUUGAGAGUUUUACUAGGGUUAACCGAUUUAAGCUGAUCUGUAACAGGAUUAUUACCUGUUUAACAAAAAGAAGAUACAAAACACUACUAAUAAACAAUAUUCUUGUAAGGAAACUAAUUAAGCUUAUAGUCUGCUUAAUUCUAGUCUUUAUUCGGAAACUCGCUAGGCGUUACGCGUGCGGCACACACGGACCUAGCAAUUUAUCGAAAAAGCAGAAAAAUCAGAGAUUACGCGAGGAGAAAAUUUUUAUACUUUUAUAUGUAUAAUACUAUAUUUUAUACAUAUAAUACAAUUUUUUUGUAUAAUACAUGUUUAUGAAAGAGAUAUCAAUGAUACUAAAACUUAUAGAUUCAUAAAUACAUACCAAUUAUAUCAGAAAAUAUAAUGUACUUCUUUUAGUUCACAUCCAAUACACAUCAUUGGUCUUUUAUGUCAUUGGUGAUUAAUAAUUUAUUUAGGCCGUAGAGAAAAUGAGUUAAUAAUUUAGUUGGGCUUAGGAAAAAUGGUUUUCAUUGAGGAAUUACACAAGUUGGGCUACGCGGUUUUAGUUAUUAAGCGGAUGAGUUAUUAAUUCAACGGACUCUAUGCUUGAUACGUCCUAAAUUCGGAGUUUCGGACAAGGAUCACUCAAUGGGACUUUGGAUAUGAACUCGCCAAAGAUGGGAGAACUAGGUGGAUUGAAAGGCGAUACAAAAGGUUGCGGAAAGACCUUAUGAUAUUACCGGCUUCGAUUGUGGUUUGGAAUGUUACGUCAAGACCAACAAGAGAAUAUUUGUUUACUUGGAGAAUCAUUCGACAAGAAACAAGACUGUUCUAAGCGAAGAACAAAGAAAUAAACUCAUAAAAAGGGAAAACUCAUUCAUUUAUUUCGUGGCUCAUAGGCCCUAUAAGGAUUACAAGUUGUAGAAAUUCAAAAAAAAAAAGUGCUAAAAACAAGGGAUUGAAAAUAGAAUCAAAGACUAGAAAAUAUUAAAUGAGUCAAGGCGCGGAAUCUGAUAAAGACCAGACAAGAUAACCCUUAGGCUACUGUCCAGGUUAAUUCUGGUCGUGUUGGUCCAUGGUGGGAAGGAUAACGACACACGCGGGAUGAUCCACACACCCGCCAGACGUUCCACACGAACAGACUGAACUUUUGGAUGAUCCGCUUGACCAAGAUGUGUACUGUCGUGAGACAAGUCUUGGGACAGCUUGAGACUCCUUCCUUAGUGAUAUAUCUGAGUGAGAAAUCCAUUAAAAGGUCAAACACUGAAGUAAGAACGUCAGUACAGCCUUCGGGACACGCAGGCCGCACAAAAAGGGCAAUAAGGGAGAAUCUGCGGCCAUCUUUGGAUUCUUCGUGUCCCAAGUGGAUUAUGGCUCGACCAUCAGUCUUAUCUUGACGAGAAGGUCGGGAAAGGAGUGAUGUGGAUCGAUCAAUUCCAUCUCUAGGUCGUGGUUCCAGACUGAGCUCUAUUCUGGAAGUAUGUGGGUCAAUACGAUGGACAGCACGUGCAGUACGGUCGGGAUGAUCGGAUGGGAUGGUACGGAAGGUCUGAUCAUCACGUUCCGAUGGGAGAAUAUGAUCAGUAUGGACAGAAUGAACUGAUGGGAUGACACGGUCAGUAUGUUCAGCACGAUAUGAUGGUAAAACCUCGGAUGGGUCGAGCUGGCUGACAAGAUCGCCUCCUUGGGCUGUGUCCAUGAUCCAAGCAGGUCGGUGCUCAAACCGGGGCGCAUCAUUCCCUCCCUCUUCAAAAGGAUUUGACCUCAAAUCCAUUUUACCUGAAACAAAAGAGAAUGAAUCAGACAAAAAUAAUUUUUAAAUCAUGUAAAAUUCAAUGAAAGAAGAUUUUGGACAUAAACUUCCUUGGAGUUUUGAACUUGUUUCCCUCAAGUAUUUCCAGUUCCAUGUUCCAAGAUCAUAAGUGUUGUGUCGACCUUCUCUGCUUACUUCCAUCUGAAACUGAUCCUUUUUAUCCUGCACUUUCAAAAAAACUAGAGGAACCACAUCAAAUCUGCGAAAGAAAUAAUCAAAGGGUCGUUUCUCUAUCCUUAAGACAUCAAAAACAUGAUCAAAGCUCUUAGAAUAAUCAUCAAGCACGUGGGUAAACAUCAUGCAAGUAAUCUGAUCACCAAAAAUCGGUCUACUAAUUCCAAAAUCAGGCACAACUGUGAAACUGUUAGGAAAAGAAUGAAACAAUGCCAAUUUUGAAAACUCCUCAUCAUGAACGAGAUCAAAGUGAUUCUCUUGCCUAAGAAGUUUUGGUUCAUGCUUUUUUCUACACCAAAUUUCUUUUAAGGCACAUCUUAAUGAAAACAACUCUUGGAAAGGUUUAAGCAAAAUGUUUUUCAACCAAGUAAAGAUCUGUUUUUGCUUAGAAAUUCUCGGUUUCAAAACAUUUCAUGAUGAGCAGAGACAAUCAACUCAUGAUCCUUACAGUGCUUUUGGCUUAGACAGAGAAUUGGCUUUUGGCUCACUGCUUCAGAUCUUAAGAAUGGAAAUGUGUAUGUGCUUUCCUUGUAACUCUCUUCCACGGCCUGAGGUGUUGGAAACAACCUGAACCAAUCAUCAAGCUGUCUAGGCCGCUGAGAACUCAUGGGAUCAUCACGCCUAUAACCAUGAACUGCUCCAUUCCUCAAGUUCAUGAAAUUCCAAAUCUCAGGCUGUUGAACAAGGGCAAUGCUUUCAUUUCUUUGAGUCUGAACCUGUCUUUCCUGGACACUCAAAACAGAAACUAAAAGACGAGGAUCAUCUGUGCAAGACAAGUACUUGUUCAAAUCAAAAAUCAAAAUCUCUUUUCCAAGAACAAGUAGCACACAUUUCAGCCUUCCAAGAUGCACAUCAAAGUAGACAUUAUAGACCAGAAUGGUGUCAAGGCAUGCAACAAUAUCAAUCAUUCUCAAAACAUGCAUAUCCUUCUCAACAUCUGACCACAUAAGAGCAAGUUCAGAUUGAGAAACAUUUAUCAAAAGCUCAAGGCGUUUUUCAAAGAAUGUGUUGUAAACCACAAUAUCAUCACAGUUCAAGACAACACAAAUAUUACGAAAUGAUCUCAGAAGAUGCCAAGUUUUAUCAUUUUUAGAACUCAAGAGGUCAGGCUUCACAACAAGAUCACAAAAAUCAGUUUCAGUUCCAAGUGAUUUCGGAGCAACUUUUUAAUCAGAAUUUCGUCCAAGGCAUAAGAGGAUGCAAACAGAUCACCAGUGAUUAGUGCAUGUCUAGAAGAACUCAGAUCAAAGUCAUUUCCUUUGAAAACGAACGAAUCAAAAGAUUUUCUAGCACAAAAAUCAGUUUGUUGCAAAUUAAGAUCAAAUGACUUUUCAAGAUGAUGAAAAUCUUUGCUAUGUUCCAAGAACUGAUCAAAACUCAAAAUAAUUCUAGAAUUGAUGCCAUUGACAUUUUGAAGAAGUUCAUCAGGUUUAAACACUUUAAGAGAAUUAAUCAUGUUUUCAAAAACAGAUUUUAAAACACAAAAAUCUUUCACCUUGUUAAGACCAAAACGAAUCACAUCAUGAGAACUGAUCUUAACAAACAUAUCAUGCAAAGAAUUAAUUAUAUCAAGAUUCUCACAGUGCUCUUGAAGAUCAGAAGACAAAGGGGCAGGAGUUCUGCCGAGAUCAAAGCAUAUAUGACUCUCCUUGAUGAUGAAUGUGAUGCUUGUUGCUUCUUCAUCAAAGACUGGACCAGGUUCGUCUUCCUCAUCAAAGAUAGGACCUAGAUCAUCAUCCAAGGGUUUCCUAUUGUCAAGACGUGGUCCUUGAUGUGGAUAGUUUAGUGGCUCUUCCUCAAAAACCUGUGCAGACAAAACAAGACCACUCGGAUGCUCCGGUUGCAAAAUGGUUAGUUCUACAAUGGUCUGUUGAUUAUCAAUCAUAAGAUUAGAUUCAAGAGACGGAAGGUCACAAUUUUCCUCACAAAUCAUCAAGCUUUCAAUCGGCUCUUCAUCAUAUUCAUCAAAAAUUGGUAAAGAAUCUGAAAAAUCUUUUAGAUCUCCAAGGUUGUUUUCAGAUUUACCUUUGGAUGUUUCACUGAUGAAUAAUGAUGGCUCAGCUACAUGUGCACGUGUGGAUGUGGUUUUCGUAUGGAUCUGGCUGACGUCCUUAAGGGCUUUCAACAUCUCCUUCUCAAAGUUGUCACAAAACUCUUGGACAUCAAACCGUAGAGAAUACCUCUUUUGAAGAUCGAUCAUUUAAUCAUGAAAAUUUCUCAACA